UUGGAAGGGUAAGUGAUCUAUGCUUGCAGCGCUAUUUCCGUUGCUAUAUUAUCACCCAGGCUUCCCAUGAAUGUUUUUUAAUCCAACAGGCUUAAUAUUUUUUAGCCAUGGAAAAAAACAGCUUGAUAUGCAUUAUCCUUCUGAGCUUUGUAGCUGAAAAGGGGUUUGGAUGUUUCUGUGAUCAUUAUCCAUGGAGUUCUUGGUCCAGCUGUUCAAAAACUUGCAAUUUUGGGACACAAAGCCGAACCAGGGCAAAAGUGCAAGAUGACUAUUAUAAUAAGAAUUUUUGUGAACGAAUGUGUUCAUGGACUGAAUUUCAGGCUUGUAGCCAGCAAGCAUGUCCCAUCAACUGCCAACUCGGUGACUGGGAAGAGUGGUCAGAGUGUGACCCAUGUGUUAAAGAACAGUUUCGUGUCAGGUCUCUGCUACAUCCAUCUCAAUUUGGAGGUGAGGCCUGUUGUGGGCAGAUGGUAGAUCGCCGGCCCUGUUUCCCAGAGAAAUUAUGCAACAUAGAGGAAGUGAACUGUGAGAAUAAGUUUCAGUGUGAUAACGGACGCUGUAUUGCCAAGAGACUAGAAUGUAAUGGAGAAAAUGACUGUGGAGACAAUUCAGAUGAACAAAAUUGCAGGAGAAUAAAGUCUUUCUGCAGGACUAAAUUCGAAAGCAUACCCAGUGUGCAUCUCAUGGGCCUCGGGUAUCAUAUCCUGGCUGGAGAAACCCGUGGAGAAGUCCUUGAUUAUUCAUUCAAUAAUGGGAGCUGUGUUCUACAGAAAAGUGAAAACCUAAGGACUACAUUUCGUGUUCCUGCUAACCUCAACAACAUCACUUUUGAGGUGAAAAGCCAAGAAGAUGAUGUGAUUACAAGGUUCUACACCAGCUUAACCCCCUUGGCCCGUUCUGCUAUUAAAACCUCAGCUUCUAAGAAUGUUGGGAGACGUACUUCUGGAAUCCCCUAUUUUUGGGGGUCAAUAUCAACCACAACAUCCACAUCAUCUUAUGAGUUCAAGCAAGCCAUUAAAGCAUCCCAAAAAAUGACUUCCAAUUAUAUCAGGAUCCAUAAGGUGAUUGCAGUUUCAAACUUCACAGUGAAGGAGCAAGAUCUGCAGCUCUCUGGGGUGUUCUUAAAGUCACUCAACAGCCUACCUCUGGAGUACAACUAUGCCCUAUACAGCCGGAUUUUUGAUGAUUUCGGGACACAUUAUUACACAGCUGGUUUAUUAGGAGCCAAAUAUGACCUCCUUUACCAGUUUAGUGAGGAAGAAACAAAAAAUUCAGGUUUAACAACAGAACAAAUGGAAAAUUGUGUGCGAACAGAGACACAGAACUAUGUUUUCUUCUUUAAGUCAACAGAACAUCAUGAGUAUUGCAGCAAAAAUAGGAUGACAGAACGCUAUGAAGGUUCCAUGUUAAAGUCAUCUGAACAGUCUAUUUCCCUGGUUAAGGGCGGGCAGUCACGGUAUGCUGCAGCUCUAGCCUGGCAGAGAAAAGGCUCCUUGCCAGGAAAUGAGAUCUUUACUAAUUGGUUGGAAUCAGCCAAGAACAAUCCAGUUGUGAUUGACUUUGAGGUUACUCCCAUUGUGGAUUUGGUGCAGAACUUCCCAUGCUCUGCAACGAAACGUUUUAAUCUCAGGAGGGCUUUUUCUGAAUAUAUGAGCAAAUAUGAUCCCUGUCAUUGUGCCCCAUGUCCCAAUAAUGCUCAAGCAGUUUUAUCUGAUACCGGAUGCCUCUGUGUGUGUAAGUCUGGAACAUACGGAAGUAACUGUGAACUGCGAGUACCCGACUACACAUCAGUUGCAGUAGAUGGCUACUGGAGUUGCUGGUCAGCAUGGAGCGCUUGUGAUGCAUCUUUUAAGAGGCAAAGAACUCGGCUGUGUAACAAUCCUGAACCCAUGAAUGGAGGAAAACCUUGUAAAGGUGAAGCUGAAGAUGAGGAACGGUGUUUUAUCACAAUGUUUGAAAGCCAGUAAGAGACAUAUUAUUAUA